AUGCCUAGAGACGAUUUAUCCAUCGACUUCGUCCGGAAGAUGCCGCCGGUCGAAGCGGCCGAUCCGGCACUCGUCCUCGACGAGUAUUUCAACAGAACCCAAAACUUCCCCGAGGAACUGCGCUUCGUGCAGGAGGAGAUCGCAGAGAAGGACCGUCAAUAUAAGGAGUUGAUACAGGAGAUCGAAGAUCGGGAUGGGCGAAUACAAAAGUGGAUUAAGGCUCACGGUAGCCACCACCUAAACCCAAAAGAGGAGGAAUACCGGACAACCAUAAGGAAGAACUAUGCGCAGGCAGAGCAACUCUCGAACGAGAAGAUCGCCCUAACACAGAAACUGCUACAUAAUAUGGACAAGCACACCCGUCAGCUCGAUAUGCAGAUCAAGAUGCUCUACGACCGUGGCGAGCCCGGCUUUACCGACCCGGAUGAACUCCCCUCUCUCAUCCGCUCGAGCGCUGCGAACGUAACGACCGGGAUCGGCGGCCCCCGAGGCGCUAAUGGGACGACUCCCGCUACCUCGGCGCUCAACAACCUAGCAAGUGGCACGCAGGUGCGGGCAGCGAACGCCCAGGUGCGCCACGCCCAAGCACAACAACACGGCUCGGCGUCCGCGCCAGCGACCCCGGCAGCGAGCAUGAUCAUGAACCGCCAGGCGCGAGAGAGCUCGGCCGGCCCCGCAACUAAACGCAUGCCCCGAUCCAACAGCGGCUUAGGCACCCUCCCCGCAACAUCCAGCGGGCUUGCCCGCCACUCCUCGCUCGGACCUGGGACGCCCAAGGGCCACCAGACAGCCACCGGUGUUCAGCGCGCCGGUAGCGCUGGGCCGCGCGCCACAUCCAAGGGCUCCCUCGCGGGCGGGUCCCGUAAGGCGGGCACCCCGUCCAGCACAUCCGGCCGUAAGAAAGGCACCCCCGCGGCGGGCAGCACCAUCAACAAGUCCGGCCUGUCCCGCGUCAAACGCGCCGCCAAGAACUCGCCCUCCUCCGCCGCCGAAAGCGAACUCUCCGACGCCGACUCGGCCAGCGACUCGGCCAGCGACACACGCACAGGCGGGCGCGGGACGCCAGCCGCCUCCUUCUCGCGCUCCACCUCCAACCAAGCCGCACUCCCCACCCCCUCCGGCGUCCGCGAGGCCAGCAACCCCCACCGCCGCACACCCUCAGGCCCCAGCGCCGCAGCAUCCAACCACCACCCACCCCACAGCGGCGGCAGCGGCAGCGGCGGCGGCGGAGGCGGAGGCGGGGAGCGCCAGCACGGCACGCGGCCCAGCCCACACCCCCGCGGCGGCGGGGGCGGGGGCGGGGGCGGGGGCGGGGUCAAGGACGAGGACGACCUGAUGGACGUGGACGACGACGAGGCCGUGGACGACCGCAAGUACUGCUCGUGCCAGAACCUCAGCUUCGGCAACAUGGUGGCGUGCGACAACGAUCACUGCCCCUACGAGUGGUUCCACUGGGGCUGCGUGGGGCUCAAGAACGAGCCGAACGGCACGUGGUACUGCCCCGAGUGCAGCGAGAAGCUGAGGAAGCGGUAG